UCAUAACCUCAAUUUUGUUUGCACUACAUCAAAACAAAAUCGAGUUCCAUAUUCUCGUGAGUUUUCAAUGCGGCUGGCAUUGAAUUUUAAAAAUAUUAUUAGUGAUUUUACUAAGUGUAGAUCAAAUGGAAUUGUUCAUUUAUAGUGGCAUUGGUCAAUUACCAUCGAUUGAUUUUGACUGUCUUCGCAUUACGGCAUAUGUAAAAUUCAAGGAAAUACCGGUAAAAAUAUUGACCAAUGGCAAUCCAUAUCAUGCAUCAACCGGAUUUUUACCAUAUUUGAAAGACCACAAUGAAAUAAUCGCUGGCUAUGAUGAAAUCAUCGAAUACUUUCGAUCAAAGGGCUUUGACUAUGACGAUUUUCUAUCAAACUCAUACAUGAACUACUUUGAAUCACAAUUCUUACCAUACUUCACUUACCUUCUGUGGGGCGAUCCAAUCAAUGCUGAUACAACACGAAUUUUGUAUGCCAAAAGAAUUCCAUUCCCAUUCAAUUUCGUUUAUCCACAGAAGUACAUCCAACGAGCCUCUGACUACUUGAAAAUUGUUGCAAACUUUUCAAUUGAGGACAAAUUGAUCAAUCACAAUACGGCUGACAUCUCAUUAAAUGCAAAGAAAUACCUCAAAAUGUUGGCAGAGAAAAUUGAAAAGAAACGUUGGUUCUUCGGUGGCCAAAAGCCCGACGAAUUAGAUGCUUCAAUUUAUGCUGCCUUAUCCAUUUUAACAAAUCUUCAGUUACAAAAUAACGACCUGAAGUCGCACAUCACCGAAUGCCCAAGCUUAAUAAAUUAUAUCGAUCGAGUACGUAAAAAAUAUCUAAUGGACAUUCGAAUCGUAGAGAGUGAAUCAAAACAAGCUGUCUUCGAUCGCAUACAAAAUGUUUUUAUUAACAAAGAAAAAGGCACCGUAUCGAAUGCUGUAAUUAAAACAUUAUUUGGCCUGUUGACGAUUAGUACGAUGGUAUUUUUUGCGAUAAGCCAUGGUUUACUUGAAAUUGUUACCGACGACGAUGAUGCACAAUACUACGACGGUGGCGAUGACGAUGCAGAACAUUUCAGUGAAGAGUGAAAUGAUAACUGAAGACCAUUUGCAUUUUUUUUUUGUUCAGUCAUUUAUUUAUGACAAAUAUAAUAAGAGUUUAUUCAGUUUGAACUGAUAAUCUGUAGACAUGAUUUAUUUUAAAUAAACAAACGAUAUAUCUAUCUA